UGCCUUUCCUCCAUUCGCAAAAACUGGAAAGAAGCCAAAAAAGCCAACUGAAAAAAAGGCCCUCAUCAUAAUCUCAGAUUCGCCGCACGUCUCUUUGCCUAUUUUCCGAAUUCUCGUAGCCACAGAUUUCUGGGUGUUCAUCUUGUUCUUCGUCUGACGAAUCUUAGAUUGGUAUGCAUCCGCUCUCUUCUCUUGUAAUCGCUGGGUUAUUGUUCAUGUUCAAUUCUCUUGUUUUCCUUGGUACGAUUUCCGAUUUCGUCGUUUCGUGGGUUAAUUUUGGUUGGUUUUCGCUCUUUGUUAUUUCCGAUUCCAGAGUUUUGCAAAGGAAUUUGGCUUUUCGGGAGAGAAAAAAAGGGCUGCUGUGUUUUUUCCAAUAUUGAUUUGUAAGUUCCGAUCUUUGUUACCCAUCGGUUUAUUUGUUCCUCAACCUAGCAUAGGGCUUUUCUUGGUGGAUAAAUUCUUGAUCUUGUUGCUCGUUUAGAUCUGGGUUUUGGUUUUCUUGGCGCGAUUUUUUCUUGGUUUUGAUUAGAAGUCGUAAAAUAGGGGAUUUUAGGUUUCUAUGUGCAUGUAUGGAUUAAUUGUGAUUUUGGUGUGUUCGGCGUUUAGCUUCCUAUUUUCCAAACAAUCUCCGAUUCUGUUGGUUAGAGGUUUAGAGCGUGGAUUGAUGAUGGCGCAUCUUCUCUAUGAUAUGUCGAUUAGCUUAAGUUUCGUGUUUGUGCCAGGAUAUGAGAUAAGAUGAUGUUAAAUUGUUUAUCUUUUGUCUUCUGAAAUCUGAUAAAGGGAUUAUAAUAUUCACAGAGAGUUUUGUGUUCAUUUCUGGUUAUCAUCUUGCAGGAGAGUCCCAUUUGGGGAUAACAUUCUGUAGAAAUUUUACAUUGCUUACUAAUUUGAGUAGCCAGUUCUCGUGUUUUUAUACUUUGGGGUGAUUUAACUCAUGUUCCAUUGUUGGUGCAGCCAGUAUUGAAUGAUCAAUGGAGUCGAAAGGUGGCAAGAAGAAGUCUAGCAGUAGUAGUAAAUCCUUGUUCUACGAAGCUCCCCUCGGUUACAGCAUUGAAGACGUUCGCCCAAACGGUGGAAUCAAGAAAUUCAGAUCUGCUGCUUACUCCAACGUAUGUUCUUCCCCCCAUCCUUUAUUGUUGUCAUGGUUUUGGCUUGUCUUUAUUCAGCAAUUCAUGAUUUUAACUUUUUCUUUUAUGUGUGUUUCUUAUAUGCAGUGCGCUCGCAAGCCAUCCUGAGUCCUGCUAAUAGCUUGCACCCUAACCACAUAACGUGGUUCAUUUAGUUAUUGCUAUUAUAAUUAGGUAUAAAUAUCAGUUUCAUUCAAAUUCCUCCUCUCUUCCUCACUCUCUCUGCGACCGUGAUCAAACUGUGAGCUAUCUGGGAAUUCGCGACAACCUCUUGGUGUUGUUUGCUCGACUGUCAUCUGUUGGUCUAUCUUCUGGUGUUGUGACAUUUGCUCUUGAGUGUCACGAUGACAGUCUCUGCAAUUGGAUUUGAAGGAUACGAGAAGAGGCUAGAAAUAGCCUUCUUCGAGCCGGGUAUCUUUGUUGACCCGGAAGGGAAGGGUCUCCGAUCUCUGUCGAAGGCUCAGUUGGAUGAGAUUCUUGGACCGGCUCAGUGCACCAUUGUCGACUCACUUGCUAAUGCUGAUGUGGACUCCUAUGUCCUCUCUGAGUCCAGCCUCUUUGUGUUCGCAUACAAGAUCGUCAUCAAAACUUGUGGGACAACAAAGCUGCUUCUAUCUAUCCCACCAAUCCUCGAGUUGGCUGAAGCCCUUUCUCUUAAGGUGAAGUCAGUGAGGUACACUCGUGGUAGUUUUAUCUGCCCUUCAGCACAGCUAUAUCCUCAUCGUAGCUUCUCCGAGGAAGUCUCUGUACUCGAUGGAUAUUUUGGGAAGCUCGGUUCUGAAGGAAGCAAGGCCUAUAUCAUGGGUGGAUGGGAUAGCCAGCAGAAGUGGCAUGUUUACUCUGCUACUGCAGAUGCUGCUGUGGUUGAUGAACCAAUAUACACUGUGGAGAUGUGCAUGACUGGUCUUGACAGAGAAAAAGCUGCAGUGUUCUUCAAAACCCAGUCUCCUACUGGAGCUGUGAUGACUGUUGAUUCUGGGAUAAGGAAGAUCCUUCCAGACUCUGAAAUUUGUGAUUUUGACUUCGACCCUUGUGGCUAUUCCAUGAAUGCUAUUGAAGGCGGUGCUGUUUCCACCAUUCACGUGACCCCAGAAGACGGGUUCAGCUAUGCAAGCUUUGAAAUGAUGGGGUACGACCUGAAAGAAGUGGGUCUCAAGCAGGUGGUCGAUAGGGUGCUGGCUUGCUUCAAGCCAAGCGAUUUCUCUGUAGCUGUGCAUGCUACUAAUGUGGCUGGGAGGAAACUGGAGAAGGAGUGUGCCCUGGAUGUGAAGGGAUACUGUCGCGGAGAGAGGAGCCAUGAAGAGCUCGGAAUGGGAGGUUCUGUUGUCUAUCAGAAGUUUGAUGCUGCGUCUUCUGAGGAUACUGGGUCUCCUAGAUCAACUCUGAAGUGCUGCUUUAAAGAGGAAGACGAGGAAGUUUGAAGAUCUAUUUAUUUCUUCAUUGCUUUUAUGUUGAUUUUCUUUUGGUACAAACUCUGUGGUCUCUUGUGAACCGCUGGAAUAAAGGUCAAUUGUAUGACAUUGCAAUUGUGUGUCUCCCGAGUCUGUUGCUCGAAUGUUUGAUUCUUGUGUUUUCUUUUCUGUCAUUGGUAUAUGGUAAUAUGGGAUCUGUAAUAAAGUGAGGUUACUACUGACACCUCACGGAUAUUUGUAAUUGUUAUGAAAGUGAAAUUUGUGUUUGUUUCUGAUUGUUGAUCUUUCCAAAUGGCAAUUACUUCUUGUUGAUAGUCUGUAGUUGCUAUGGGAUUGUGAUGAAUAUGAGAUGAACUUGCUGUAACAGCAGGUGGCAAUGAGUGAAGUUGAAAUGAGUAAUUGCAGGGGGACAGAGUUUUGGCAGAGUUAGUGAGGCGUUUCCUUCUUGUCUUUUGCAUCUUCGGAAGCAAUACAUUAUACGUGUGGGACUCUGAAGGUAGCGACUGAAGGGGAUGUGUAAGCCAUGCAAGGCCAUUCUACUUGAACUUGAUGUAUACCAUUCCAGUAGCCAAUAACAUUUCUUCUUCUUCUUCUUCUUCUUCUUCUUCUUAGUCUUGGAUUAGAGUUAUCCUACGAUGAUCACUGUCAGCAAGGGAUAGACCUUCUCGACCACAUUAUUGCGAAAUGUUCUGUUUCCUUCCCUGUUAAUAUCUGCCAAACCCAAUGCUAAAUGGACUGGACUAAGCUACUACUAGUGCAAGCAGGACUUGUCAAUUGCACUCAUUUGUUAUGAGCGAGUAGCAUUCUUCCAACUGUAUUCAUGCGUGUCGCGAGCAGUAGUAAGCGAGGUGCGUACAAGAGCAUAGUCAUAUAGUUUUAAGGAGACACGAACCCUUAAAACAUUACAGAAAUUGCUUUUGUGAUUGGAUUGAUAGCCUUGCCUAUUUAGUAUUUACUCUUACGUGGUCUGUGGGUUGUAAUGUUUCUCUAUAAACGGUAACAACAUUUGAUUGUUUGAGGUCUUGAUUUUUGUGAUGAAUAUGAGAUCAGGGAAUCAGGCUUACGGUGGAGAUACACGGUUCAUGAAUCUUGACAUGAUCACAGUACUGUCUUCAGAGUGGAAUAACGGAUAAGUAAUUAU